AUGGAUAACUUUCUUAAGUACGCAAAUUUCUUCUAUAAGGCCGUGGGCAUUGAACCGUAUGCAAGAAGGACACAAAGUUCCGGUGAUGCCCUACGCAAGAGCAUCGUUUAUUGGGCGAAUGUGAUCAAUCUGAGUGUCAUAGUCUUUGGCGAGGUUGUCUAUGUGGGUAUUGCCUUUGCCUCGAAUAGACCCGUUGAGGCCAUAAUGGUUAUGUCUUACAUUGGAUUCGUGGCGGUUGGCAUGAGCAAAAUGAUUAUUGUGUGGUUGAAAAAACCAGAUCUCAGCAAAAUUAUGGACGAGCUGCAUGAACUGUAUCCUCGUGGAGAGGUUAAACAGAGAGAGUAUAAAUUAGAGAGAUAUCUACGCUCCUGCUCUCGCAUCAGUCUGACCUUUUCGACACUGUACUCCGUGCUAAUCUGGACCUACAAUUUGUUUAGCAUCAUGCAGUUUCUCAUCUAUGAACUGUGGCUCCAAAGCAGAGUUGUUGGACAGACUUUGCCCUAUUUGAUGUAUACACCGUGGAAUUGGGAGGGCAACUGGACCUAUUAUGUUAUGCUCUUCUGUCAAAACUUUGCUGGUUACACCUCGGCGGCGGGUCAGAUAUCAACAGAUCUUUUGCUCGUUGCUGUGGCCACUCAGGUUGUCAUGCACUUUGACUAUUUGGCAAGGAGCAUUGAAGGUCAUGAGCUUGCUGGAAAUUGGGAGACGGACUCCCGUUUCCUGAGUGACUCUGUGCAAUAUCACGAGCGUCUCUUCAGCCUGGCUUCGGGUCUAAAUGAUAUCUUUGGUGUGCCAUUGCUGCUCAAUUUCAUGAUCUCUUCGUUUGUCAUCUGCUUUGUGGGUUUCCAAAUGACUGUGGGAGUUCCACCUGACCUAAUGGUUAAGCUAGUCUUAUUUUUGGUUUCAUCGUUGUGUCAAAUUUUGUUGAUUUGCUACUAUGGCCAGCUAAUUGCGGAUUCUAGUUCUGGCAUUUCAUGGGCAGCCUACAAACAGAAUUGGAACUAUGCAGAUGUGCGUUACCGUCGGGCUUUAGCCUUCAUCAUAGCUCGGGCACAAAAACCAGCAUAUCUAAGAGCCACCAUAUUCAUGAGGAUAACCAUGGGCACCAUGACUGAUCUUCUACAAAUAUCAUACAAGUUUUUUGCUCUACUUCGUACCAUGUAUGCCAAGUAG